AUUGUUAUAAACCAACAUGUCCGCGAUAAACAUAAAGUCACUCAUCCGUCAAGACGUCCUGAAAUUCUUGAACUCGUUCGACACAAUCUUGACUGAUUGCGACGGAGUGCUAUGGCUGCACACGACACCCUUGCCGAACGCCUCGGACGUCCUGAAUCUUUUCCGCAAGCUGGGCAAACGAAUUUUUUACGUGACCAACAACAGCACGAAGACUCGCGACGAACUCAUAGAAAAAUGCAGGAACUUACAGUUCGAGGCUUACAGAGAUGAUAUUAUGUGCACUGCCAAUCUGUCAGCAAGUUACCUGCAGAAUAAAGCUUUCACUAAAAAAGUGUAUGUUAUCGGUUCUCAAGCAAUUGCAAAAGAAUUGGAAUUGGCUGGUAUCUCCUACUGUGGAAUAGGACCAGAUGUAAUUCACGAAAACAAGCCAUAUCACAUUUUUGAGAAGGAUCCUGAUAUAUCUGCAGUUAUAGUUGGUUUCGACGAGCACUUUAGUUAUCCUAAAAUGGUGAAAGCAGCCACGUACUUAAACGAUCCCAAUGUAUAUUUCAUUGGGACCAAUACAGACGAAAGAUUUCCAAUAGACGAUGAUGUCGUUAUACCUGGCACGGGAAGUCUAGUCAGGUGUGUUGAAAUAUGCGCAGAGAGGAAAGCAGUGAUUAUGGGCAAACCGGAAGAAUAUAUGGCCAAAGUGCUGAUGGAGCGAUAUAAAAUUGAGCCAAGGCGUACUCUGAUGAUCGGAGAUCGGUGCAACACCGACAUACUGUUCGGAACUCGUUACGGUUUCACGACUCUGCUAGUUUUGACGGGGGUGAGCUCUCUAUCGGACAUCGAGAAAUGGAAGCAGUCCGAGCAGCAGGAAGAGCGAGAUUUCGUGCCGAAUUACUACAUCGAUGCGCUCGGAGACUUAUUAUCUUACCUUGAAGAACUCGAUACCGAAACGUCAUAGACUCAGUUAACGUCGCGAUCUCACGCCCGGCGAGCGCGUGAGUUGUGUACAGAGUCGAAUGGGUAUUAAAAUUGUGAAAUUCUUCGCACUUACAAUUUAUUCUCCACGUUCACACACACACACACACACACCUCUCGCGGGAAUGGUACGAUGAAAUGAGCAAGUAAUCGUUGCGCAUGGCUUUUAAGUCUUCCAACCCCAUAUUUAUUUUGGCAAUGCCUUUUAUAUGAAAAAGUACACCUUUUUUUUUCUCGAAAGGGAUGAUACACGUUUCGGAGAUGAGUAGAGAGGGUAAUGUAGAGGGAGAGAAAAAGGGGGAUUAAGAGGGCGAAGGGAGACAGCCUGGCGUGUCUGUGUAUAUGUGCAAGUUUGUGAUAAUACAAUAUAUUAUUCAAAUAUAUAUAUAUAUCUAUAUAUAUCUAUAUAUAUAUAUGAUAUAAUGGUAAACUUAAUGGUAUGGAUUCGUAAUCCUUACCUAGAUUUUGUCGUAAACUCAUAACAAUGAAAUAUAUUUAACGCGUUAUACCAUCGUAAUAUAAAAGAAGCGCGGUACGUGUAUGCGUGUCAUGUGUGUAUCUUUUACAAGUUUAUCAGGGUCUCCUCCGAUUCUCCUUUUAAUUUACGCAGAAGAGAGCGGUUAGGUGCACUUGCCUAUAUCUUACGUAGAGACAUCCAAAUAUUGAUUUCGCGAAGAGGGCUUCCGUCGUAAACUUCUUAACUGCUAAGUCGAUUAAAACGGCCUCGAUGCGGUAGCGUAACACUCAUUUACCAACGUUACGAGAAAGCCGCUCCGAGAGCGCAACGCCUUCCUCGACGCGCGAUUACGUUUGGAAGCUUCCGAGGUAAUCCCUUCUUCUUACGUGCGACACGGAGGGAGAGACGAUAUAUAACGCGUUCGAGGCGCCAGGCUGAGUCCCGAUGCCACGAGGAAAGAUCAGAGUAAUAUUCAGUAAUUAAAAGUUAACUAAUUGGCUUCUCGCGCAUCGCGGGUUGGGUCUUUCGCGGACUGAAGGAAGAAUUACGCGCACGAAAUUGUAACGCGAUCUCCUCGUUGCGCUCUUGGCGUGCCUCUUUUCCUUUCUCUCUCUAUUUUUUCCCCUUCUUCUUUUCGGCGAAUUUAAUAAUCGACGAAAUUCACAUUCGAACAUACGCAUCGGUGAUGAUUAAGUUAAUUGGCACAAGUUGUCUCUCGCGUACUUCGAUGUCUAGCGACGAGAGCACACGAAUAAUUUGCGACCUCGAUGAUGGAUGGUGAUGAGAAGAAGAGGAGGAAGAAGAACGCGAAGGUUUCCACAUAUAUACUUCUUGUGUGUGCAGUUAUCUAAUGUUCUCGGGAAGUGUUACCGCCGCGUGUCGUUCACCGUCACUUCGCUCCCAAUAAGCCUGUUAACAGCACUAAUACCCUCUUAUUGUGUUGGUCCUUAAAUGUUCGUACUUGAAGACCCCAAGACAGUAAGAGCGUGCAGAAUUAGGUACGCGUAGUUCUGGAUGGUUGAUACCUUUUUCUACGACGAAUUACGAGUAACGAGAGGGAGAGAAAAACCUGUUAAUUUACAAUCCUAAUGAUACGUUAACGCGAAUUGAAGUCUAACAAUCGUCCUUGUGUUGCGCUUGCUAAAUUUUUACGCCGCACCACCGCGAAAAGACAGUUUUACGAGUUACAUGCACGUACAAUUGUUUCCGAGAUCCGCUUGAACACGGAAAAGAAUAACUCUGCUCCUGCGACUGAAUAGAGAUCAGACGAAGAUUCGACGACGAGAAAUGAUAUCUCUGUUAUCGUGACUGAGGGUUUUUUAUGACCGAAAAUCAAUAAAAAGAACACCUGCUCUGAUUAGGCUCUGUUGAGAAAAACCAGACUAUUAAAUUCUGUUGUCUCUGGGGAUUUGCGCCAAAAUCCCAGGUAACAUGUGAAUUCCUAUAUGAAUUUUUAAUAUCCCAUAUAGAUUCCGUUGGAGAAUCCAUCUGGAAAUUUUCAACAGGGGAAUUACUUGACGGAAAAAACUUUUUGUCGGCCCGUAUUAUUUGCGAACAAAUUAUUUCCAUGCGGGAAUCUUUCUGUUCCUACAACAAUCGAGUUCUCGUCUGGCCCCCGGGAAAUUCAGUUACACCAAUGUAAUUGUCCGUUCCGUGUACACAAAAGCGCAAAACGCCGUACUACGAAGACACGGGAAUCACUAAUGGGGAAAUAUGUCUUCUCUGUUUCUUCGUCGGCGAGGGAGAUGCUAUUUUCGAAAAAUAUAUCGUCGGAUAUAUUUAAUUAAUCGGAGAUAAAAGUAUAGAGAUAUCGUGUUCCGCAUUUUCCAGAAUUCGCGAGCGUUUGUUUAAACAAAUCUCUUACAUUAGGUACCCGUUCUGUUUCUCUGUCUCUAAUGUUCCUUCUCGAGUGUAUAUGUGUGUGUGUAUGUAUGUGUACAACGAUUCCGCGUAUCCUCUCUAGAAUUUUCCUCACUUUUAGCCGAGUCGUCCCUCCAAGAUAGUUUUUGAUUGUCUGAGACUCCGAGAAGUGUCAGUUCUCAGAGAUCGCAUGGCGAAUAAAAUACGAAAUAAAUAUACAUAUAUAUUU